AUGACUGGUGGCGAUCAUUCUUCGAAUAAUACACCAGUGAACCACGAGCAAAACCAGCACAACACCCCACUUCAGAAUCCAGCACAUUCCAUACCUAAUGGUGCCAACACAAACAGUAUGAACGACAAUAAAAAUAAUGCAAAUGCUAUUGGCAAUAAUAAUCAAGGAUUGCAACCGCCUGGUAAUGGCAACCCUAACGAGUUUGGAUUGUCUCCGCAGAAUUAUUUCGACUCGAAUUGGGCAUCUAGUUUGCUAAUGGAUCCUAAUAGCGAUAUAUUGUAUAAUAUGGAUUUUGAUUCGCAGGAGAACCUAGCAACAGCCCAUCCAAUGAUUUAUCAAUCCCAUACGCCAGCUGAAAACAUUAAUACAAAACUGGGUCUUACAACUUCGCAGCCACCAUCGAUUAAUGGGCCGAGACCCCAAGAACACCAACUGCCACAAGUUUCCCAUACACCAUCAAGUUUUACGCCUAAAGCGCAACGAGCUUAUAUUCAAGCACAGCAGAAUAUUCCUCCGCAACAGAACAAAAGCACCAAACAACGUCGCCCUUGUGAUCACUGUAGAAGAAGGAAGACGAAAUGUGUGAUCAUUCCUAAUACAAACAAUUGUGCCCAAUGUGAAUCCAAAUCGUUGACAUGCACAUAUGUGGGGCUGGCAUUGAAGAGAAAAACUGGUUAUGACUCUGAUAGUGAUUCUAAAAGAGUUAAAACUACGAAUGAAAACCCCAGCGAAAAUAGACUUGGUAACGAGCAUACGAAUAAUCCAUCCAUGGGCCACUUACAAAACGAUCAUUCAACAAUAGUGGCUCCAAAUGUUCCAAUAAGAGAUGUCGCCCCUGUUCGCGAUUAUUCCUCAAUAAAUAACUCAUUGUUGCAAAAGACAUUAUCCUUACAAUUCCCUAGAUCGAGUUUCUAUGUUGGUCCAACAUCAUAUUUGUAUGAUACAAAUUUAUUAAAUUUGAUUAUCGAUUCACAAAAUAAGGCAAAUGAUCCUAAUAAAAAUAAUGUUGCAAGCAAUGGUUCCGGUAAAAUUGAACAAGUGAAUUUAAGUAAUUCCACAUCUUUAAGGAAAGUUAGUGAUAAUGCUCAAUUUAUUUUGAAAGAUGACCAAUCUCCUAGUUCAUAUCAAAAUAUGUCUAAUGAUGUAGACACUGUUGAAAAGUUUGUCGCUCCUCAUGGUCAGAUAUUAAUUGAUUUAUAUUUCCGUAUAAUACAUCCAUCAUACCCAAUACUUCAUAAGAAAGUAUUUUUGGAAAAAUAUUCAAGGACGCAUAGAGAAUUUAGUGCACCACUAUCAGCUGCAGUUUAUGCUUUAGCUAUACAAUGGUGGGAUUACGAUCCGCAAUUGAAUAAAUUUCCUAAGCCAAAUGUUGAUUUAAUUUUGAAAGUUGGUUUGAAUAAUUAUUUGCUAGAAAUCUUGAAAAGACCGAAACUAAGUGCUGUACAAGCUGGUUUAUUAUUACUACAAUGUAAGCACAUAAUUCAAAGCAAUAGUGAGCGAGAUAUCCAAGCAUUGAAAAACUCAACUAACGCAAAUACACCAACUCUGACGAGUGACUCGCACUACAGUGAUUGGGUUUUGUGCUCUCAAGUUAUAACGUUAGCUGAAGAACUAGGAUUGGGCUUGAACUGUAAUGAUUGGAAAUUGCCUAAAUGGGAAAGAGGUUUGCGUAAAAGGCUAGCUUGGGCAGUUUACAUGGAAGACAAAUGGCUUUCAUUAAAAAAUUCUCGUCCAUCCCAUAUUAAUGAACUUAAUUGGGUCGUUGUUUCUUUGGUAGAUGAGGAUUUUCCUGAGAAGCAUGGUGAUGGAGACUUGAAAGAAGGUUCUUCGGAUAUUGAGAAUGGAAAGAAAAUAUUUAUGAAUUUGAUUAAUUUAACGAUGAUCCUAUCAGAUAUUUUAGACAAGCUUUAUUCUAUGAAGGCUAUGUCUGAAAUUAACGAUAUUGCUCAAGUUUUACAAAUUGCAAAACCACUUCAACUCAAAUUGCGUAACUGGUAUCACUCAUUACCUAUUGAGUUACAGAUGAGUUCUGUGCAACCAAGGAAAUUAUGUUCAAAUGGGUAUUUACAGUUGGCUUAUUUUGCUACAGAAUUAACUUUGCAUAGAAAAAUAAUCACUACCAUAUUCUUGCAAUCUUUAGAAGGAAAUCCGCCUCCGAAGGAAUUAGUUGAAGUAUGUCGUACUGCGGCAAAAACCAGGUUGACGGCAUCCAUUGAAUUUGUUAGAGAUUUAAAACCUGAGCAUAUGCAUUCUUUCUGGCAUUCUUCUUCUUCUUCCAAUUUUACGUUAAUCUGCACUUUUGCUGCUAUUUUGUAUACGACCUCGUCAAGUAAAGAAGAAUCGGAUUUUUACAAGGACCAAAUAUUCAACUAUAGAUGGAUAUUGAAAAUAUCUUCCAAAGGGUUUGAUCGUAUAUGCGAUGUCUUGCUGGAAUUAGACACAGUUUUAAAUCACAUUCCUGGCUUAUUAAAUGAUAAUUCAGACUUGCCAAUGAUGCCCUCUAAUGAAUCGGCAAGUGGAUAUAAUCAUCCUCAAAUACAGCAAGAGAUACCGCCGAAUAAUUCACAGUUCUCAUUUAGAGAUACAUCGCUGUACCUAAAUUUCAAUAGACCUAGUUCCACGAUGUAUAACAACCAAGACAUUGAUAAUAACGGCAGUAACAAUAAUGACAAUAGUAGGAUGAAAAACUCGUCCCAUAAACAAUAUAUUAACAGACAGGGAGACGAUUAUGAUUCGCCCUACAACUCGCCUCUGAAUCAUUCAUCUACCCCAUAUUCAAGUCAAGGACAGCAUCAUCUACAAACUGGAAAUCAUAUUUCAUCAGUUCUGCAUCAUACACAAGACCUAUCCCCUAAGACUAUGAUAAAGCAACAAUUGCCAUUGGGCACAAAUAUCACAGAAAAUGAAUCAAGAAGAGCUAUUUCUGGUAAUUCGCCUGUCGAUAAUCAUAUACUUACCGGUAUGAAUUCUAAUGUGAAUAGUAAUCAUAUCAAACACACACAAAAUACACAAAAUAUUUGUCCUACGAAUAAUAAUGGAAAUAUUUCUGAUUUGAAAUCAGAUAAGGAUGAAAGAAGAUGA